CGGACUCUGUCAUGUUUCUGGAUUAAGAUUAUCCAGGAUUUACAGUCAGUAACAACCACGUGGACGUGUUUUGGAGGCGUGUCAUUUGAAGAAAAUGAAGAACAGAGGUGGUGGCUGGAUAGACUCUCGACUUAAACAAAGAGUGAAACAGUAUCUGUCCUCCAGUAACUGUGAAUAUGUUGACCUUUCAACAAUGGCCCUUGACCUUCAAAAACAAUACAGAUUGGACUAUGGCAGAAGAAAUAAGACGGCUUUCAGAAUCCAAGUAGAGAAAGUGUAUGAAGCAGUCAAGGAGGACUCCAACCUGAAUGACCUGGAGACCAAACACUUAGCUAAGAGAGCCAAGAGCAGCCACAAUGAUACUGGUGAUGGCAGCAGCGACUCGUCGGAGUCCUCAGACACAGAAGAAGAACGCCCUCCAGACAACUCUACCAACAACCUUCUUGCAUCUCUGUAUCGUAAGGGCACCUCUGCUCCCAGCAGUCCUGCCAGCAAAACCAACCCCCCUCCCAGUGCUGGGACCCUGGUGUCCUCUGGAGGCUUCUUCAUUGAUAAAGGCAAAGGCUCCUCAGGGAGAAGCAUCUUCAUCGACCUGUGUGAAGAGGAGUCUGACAGUAAAGCAGCAGCUGCAGACGUGUCGAUGCUGGAGCCCCAGAAGAGUCACAAGUCAAGGAAAAGGGCAAAGAGCUCAGCUCAGGCGGAUGAGUUUCUCACCCUGAACAAAAAAGCUAAAUCAAAAACACUAGAGGUGCAGUAUCCCAGCGUGAAGUUUGAAGACGUGGGCGGUAACGAGGACACAUUAACGGAGGUGUGUAAGCUGCUGAUCCACAUGCGUCACCCUGAGGUGUACCAACACCUGGGCAUGAUUCCUCCGAGGGGCUUCCUCCUCCACGGUCCUCCUGGCUGUGGAAAGACCCUUCUGGCUCAGGCUGUGGCUGGGGAGUUGGAGCUGCCCAUGUUGAAGGUUUCUUCCCCAGAGCUGGUGUCUGGAGUGUCAGGAGAGUCUGAACAGAAACUCAGGGAACUGUUUGACCUCGCUGUGAGCUCUAGUCCAUGUAUCCUGUUCAUAGAUGAGAUUGAUGCCAUCACCCCUAAAAGGGAGGUGGCCUCUAAAGACAUGGAGAGGAGGAUUGUCGCCCAGCUGUUAACCUGCAUGGACGACUUGAACAGUCUGGCUGUGACAGCUCAGGUUCUGGUUAUCGGGGCCACCAACAGACCAGACUCCCUAGACCCGGCCCUCCGCAGAGCUGGACGCUUCGACCGAGAGAUCUGUCUGGGUAUCCCUGAUGAGUCGGCACGUCUCAGGAUUUUAAAGACGUUGUGUAGAAAGCUGACGCUACCCGAAGAUUUCGACUACCAGCAGCUGGCUCGGCUCACCCCGGGCUACGUAGGAGCUGACCUCAUGGCUCUCUGCCGUGAAGCCGCCAUGGCUGCUGUGAACAGAGUUCUGCUGGAACUGAGGGCACCUCCACAGAACCAACAGCAGAGCUCUGCUGAAGAACUGACAGGAAGCAGAGAGCAGACGGAGGCUGGAAACCAGCAGCAGGGGGAGUUGUGGAAGUUGCUGAACCUGCUCAAAACCACCGAGACGCUGUCAGAGGAGGAGCUCGUCGGCCUGUCCAUCCUCAUGUCUGAUUUUCAGGGAGCUCUGUCCAGAGUUCAGCCUUCAGCGAAAAGGGAGGGCUUUGCCACGGUCCCUGAUGUCACCUGGGAGAACGUAGGAGCCCUGCAGGAGAUCAGAGAGGAGCUCACCAUGGCCAUACUUGCUCCAGUUCGUUCUCCACAGCAGUUCAGAGCUUUAGGCCUCAGCGCUCCUUCAGGAGUUCUGCUGGCUGGACCUCCAGGGUGUGGAAAAACCCUGCUGGCCAAGGCGGUGGCCAAUGAGUCCGGCCUCAACUUCAUCUCAGUUAAAGGUCCAGAGCUGCUCAACAUGUACGUGGGGGAGAGCGAACGUGCAGUCAGACAGGUCUUUCAGAGAGGACGCAACUCUGCUCCUUGUGUCAUCUUCUUCGACGAGCUCGACGCUUUGUGUCCCCGUCGUUCAGGCCACGAGUCAGGAGCCAGUGUUCGGGUCGUCAACCAGCUCCUCACAGAGAUGGACGGCUUGGAGAGUCGACGGCAGGUCUUCAUCAUGGCUGCAACCAACAGACCAGAUAUCAUUGACCCUGCCAUACUGAGGCCAGGUCGUCUUGAUAAAACCUUGUAUGUGGGGCUGCCAUGUCCAGCAGAUCGUCACGCCAUCCUGCUCACUCUAACCAAGGGUGGGACCAAACCUCAGCUGGAGCAGGAUGUCAGUCUUGAACAGGUUGCCUUUGAUGAACGCUGUGAUUGCUUUUCUGGCGCUGAUCUGACAGCAUUAGUGAGGGAAGCAUCUGUGAACGCCCUGAAGGCCUACCUGAAGUCCCAGAACUGUGGUCUCACGUACUCCUCCGACUCCACCGCUGACAUCAGAGUGAGCCGGCAGAACUUUGAAGACGCCUUCAGGACAGUUCGACCGUCCGUGUCCAAAAAGGACCAGGUGAUGUACGAGCUGCUCCGAGAGUCCCUCAGCAGAUGACCACCAAACCAAACCACAGACGGCACCAGAAUCGUUUUGUUCAUGGAUCUCACUGUGGACGAAUCAUAAAACAUGUUUUUUCCUUAAUGUACGACUCCAACUUUUAUUCAGUUCAGUUUGCUUAUAUGGCACCAAAUCACCACAGAAGUCAUCUCAGGACCGAACAGAAACAUUCACACAUCAAAAUGUGAUUAGCAACAUUAUCGAAGGAAGCCAGCACUGCUUUGUCUUCACUUCAUCACGGUCUCCCAUCCUGAGCAAGCACAAA